AUGAAGCAGUAUUACUCGAGAAUAUUGGCAUUCACUUGUAUCAUCAGUAUCUCACAUGAGUCGUUCAGAUAUGGAAUCUACCAGUCGGAACGGUAUGAAAGGCUAACCUCUCAAGUUCGUCACGCUAUCAUCAGUGGGUUAAUGCCCAACACUGAAUAUGAGAUUGCCGUCAAGUUGGUCAUGCCAAAUGGUGCUGAAUCAGCGUGGAGUAUACAUGAAGUUGUAAGAACGCUUAGUAAAGCACCUCUUUUGGUUUGGCCGGAAAAAUUCGACGAACGAUGUCAUUUUGAAGAAUCUUCAAUUUGCGGUUUCGUCUCAGAUGAAAACGCCCCAUUGCAGUGGACUCGAUCUCAGGCUGCUUCGAGUGCGCAGAUG